AUGAAUAUGAUCUAUAGAACUGGUCAUAAACCAUCGUCUAUUACAUUAAGAACUAUAAGUUCGUUACAGAAAGCACCACAUUUUCGUCAAAUCUACAUAUUUUAUCCAAAACAAAGUUGUCUCCUCCUACCAAAAGAACCAGAUAAUGAGAGUAAUAGUGAACAUUCAUCGAAUGCAAAAACAUCUUUACCUCAAUCACGGUUACUCUACGUUAAAAGCUGCGAUACUUAUCCACCUAGUGGUGGUAAUAAUAAUAGCAAUAAAUGUGUUCUACCAAAAACAACAACAAGAAAAAUGCUAUCACAGCAUCCUAAAAUAAAAGCCCAUAUAUCUGUCGAUCAUUCGAAUCAUCAAAUAUGCUCAUCUGAUAGUAUGUGUACAAAUGGUAGUGAUAAUCAAAUAUUACGAAAAGAUGUUUUUCUCAACAUAAAUCUCGAAAAUGAAGGAAAAAAACAAUGA